AGGGGUAUCUCCGUCAGUGUAAAAAGAGGAGAGACAUGUUUAACGACGAUCAGCUGAAAGUGAUCUUUGGAAAUAUCGAAGACAUUUACAGAUUCCAGUUGAGCUUUGUCAGAGACCUGGAGAAACAGUUUAACACGGAAGAACCUCACCUCAGCGAGAUCGGACCUUGCUUUUUGGAACACCAAGAUGGAUUCUGGAUCUACUCGGAAUACUGUAACAACCACGUUGACUCCUGCAUGGAGCUCACACGUCUCAUGCGAGACGCACGAUACCAGCACUUCUUCGAAGCUUGCCGAUUGGUUCAGCAGAUGAUCGACAUCGCCAUUGAUGGCUACCUGCUCACACCAGUCCAGAAAAUCUGCAAAUACCCUCUACAGCUGGCAGAGUUACUGAAAUACACAGUACAAGAACACAG